CCCCCCAGCCCGACCUGUUCUUCUAAAUGGGAGAUUAUGGAUUUGCAUUGCAAUUGGCUAGUAGCGGUGGCACUGGAUUUUCGCAAGUAAAACACCCGCCUGCUUCAGCUAGGGGCAUUAACGAACACAUUGACAAUAACGCGUCUCUCUUUUUUCCCGUUUCAGCUGCGCAAACCAUGCAGGAUGAUUUACUGAUGGACAAAAGCAAAACCCAGCCCCAGCCCCAGCCGCAGCGGCAGCAGCAGCAGCAGCCCCAGCCCGAGCCCAGCACAGCCGAAGCCCCGUCCACGCCCCUGUCUUCAGAGACCCCCAAGCCGGACGACAGCAGCGCAGUGCCGGCCCUCAGCCCCGCCGCGGCCCCGCCGGCCCCCAACGGCCCCGACAAGAUGCAGAUGGAAUCGCCGCUCCUGCCGGGCUUGGGUUUCCACCAGCCCCCUCAGCAGCCGCCGCCACCGCAGGAGCCCGCGGCACCGGGAGCGUCGCUGUCACCGUCCUUCGGCAGCACCUGGUCAACGGGCACCACGAAUGCGGUAGAGGACAGCUUCUUCCAGGGGAUCACCCCAGUCAACGGGACCAUGCUCUUCCAGAACUUCCCGCACCAUGUCAACCCAGUCUUCGGAGGCACGUUCUCCCCGCAGAUCGGCCUGGCGCAGACCCAGCACCACCAGCAGCCGCCGCCGCCUGCGCCGCAGCCCGCGCAGCCCGCGCAGCCCCCACAGGCCCAGCCCCCGCAGCAGCGCCGGUCGCCGGCCAGCCCUAGCCAGGCGCCCUACGCGCAGAGGGGCGCUGCCGCGGCGUAUGGUCACCAGCCCAUCAUGACUAGCAAGCCGUCCUCGUCCUCCGCUGCAGCGGCCGCCGCGGCCGCCGCCGCCGCUUCGUCCGCGUCGUCCAGCUGGAACACGCACCAGAGCGUGAACGCCGCCUGGAGUGCGCCGUCCAACCCAUGGGGCGGCCUGCAGGCGGGCCGGGACCCUCGCCGGGCGGUCGGCGUGGGCGUGGGCGUGGGUGUGGGGGUGCCUUCACCGCUCAACCCCAUCUCUCCGCUCAAAAAGCCCUUCUCCAGCAAUGUGAUCGCGCCGCCCAAGUUCCCCCGCGCGGCCCCGCUCACCUCCAAGUCCUGGAUGGAGGAUAACGCUUUCCGGACUGAUAAUGGUAACAAUCUGUUGCCAUUUCAGGACCGGAGUAGGCCCUAUGACACUUUUAACUUGCACUCGUUGGAGAACUCCUUAAUGGAUAUGAUAAGGACUGAUCAUGAGCCUCUGAAAGGACGCAUGGGAAUAAAUUUCCACCAUCCAGGAACAGAUAAUAUUAUGGCACUUAACAGUCGAUCUUCUCUCUUUCCCUUUGAAGAUGCCUUCCUGGAUGACAGUCACGGCGAUCAGUCCUUGUCGUCAGGCUUAAGUUCUCCCACCCGCUGUCAAAAUGGGGAGCGAGUAGAGCGCUACUCCAGAAAGGUGUUUGUUGGAGGCCUUCCUCCUGAUAUCGAUGAAGAUGAGAUCACUGCCAGCUUUCGCAGGUUUGGACCGCUCGUCGUAGAUUGGCCUCACAAAGCUGAAAGCAAGUCGUAUUUUCCUCCUAAAGGCUAUGCCUUUCUGCUGUUCCAGGAGGAGAGCUCAGUACAAGCUUUGAUAGAUGCCUGCCUGGAAGAAGACGGAAAACUGUACCUGUGCGUGUCAAGCCCCACCAUCAAGGAUAAACCGGUGCAAAUUCGACCAUGGAACCUAAGUGACAGUGACUUUGUAAUGGAUGGUUCUCAGCCUUUGGACCCCAGAAAAACUAUCUUUGUUGGGGGAGUUCCACGACCCCUUCGAGCUGUUGAACUGGCAAUGAUCAUGGACCGUUUGUAUGGUGGUGUCUGCUAUGCUGGCAUUGAUACGGACCCAGAGCUGAAGUACCCCAAAGGUGCUGGCCGCGUGGCGUUCUCCAAUCAGCAGAGUUACAUUGCAGCCAUCAGCGCUCGCUUUGUGCAGCUCCAACACAAUGACAUUGACAAACGGGUGGAAGUGAAGCCAUAUGUGCUGGAUGAUCAGAUGUGUGAUGAGUGCCAGGGCACACGCUGUGGUGGGAAGUUUGCCCCGUUCUUCUGUGCCAACGUCACCUGUCUGCAGUAUUACUGCGAAUAUUGCUGGGCGAGCAUACAUUCCCGCGCCGGGCGGGAGUUCCACAAACCGCUGGUCAAGGAGGGAGGCGACCGCCCUCGUCACGUCCCGUUCCGCUGGAGCUGAGCCCAGAGCAGACCCAGCCACAAGUACUGGAGUAGAUAACAAGGAGGGAAAAGAGAGGGCACUGCCUCAGGGCUUACAGUGUUCUGGAAAUCUGUGCAUUCGUUCUCGAUUUUUAAAGAAGAAAUGGGUCUUUUUAUUAUUAUUAUUAUUUACAGUCAUAUUACUGAACUCAGUGUCCAGUAUAAUGCAGAAUUGCAGAGUGUAUAACGGUACUGAUUUGCACUUUGAUUCACACCUUUGUCUGCUUGGUACCUUAAUUUCUUACACCUGAUUUGUCACUCGUAGACUGCCAUUCUCAUCAGCGGCCAUCAGGUUGAUGUCUGUGAUUUUUUUUGUUUGUUGUUGUUGUGUUGUUGUUGUUCUGAUUGUUUUUGAACUGGAGCAUGCACUUAUUUUCAGAAACUUAGAGAAUUGCCCCUAGGAGAAGACUUACCAAAGGUAAUACUUGUGAGUAGGUGGCAGAUGUAGCAAAAACUUCGCAACAAUUCAGCAAUCAAUAGUUGGGGUCAUUUAGAGUAAGGAUAACCCUUAAUGAAAAUAAGCCUUUAGUUGCUCUCUAUUUUGACAUGUAAGGAUACCUCAUAAGCUGAAUCUUUAUUUUUCCUUCAUGUUUGAUUUUUGUUUUGCUGACAAUUUUGGUUAGAUCUUUUAGUGUUAUGUAAAUUUAUGCUGCAAUAGCUUUUGCUGCUAUUAAGAUGGUAUUAUUAAUACCAUAAUACUCUAUUCAGGCUAAGGUAUCAAUUACAAAAAACCCAACAACACACUUUUGUGAUUUAGGGAUAGAAUCAGCUGCCGAAAGAAGAUCAGAAUAGACUUGAGAAAGCUUCAACGGAAGGUCACUAUUUCUGACUGCAUGUUUACUUAAUCAGGUUGCUGCAUGCAAUAAAUUUUAUAUCCAAUGUCUAGUAUAAAACCUUCCCACACUGCACAAAUUAAGAAUCUAUAUAAGCUAUAAAAUACUGAUUUUUUUAAAAAGAUUUUUUUCAUUCAAAGAAUUGGUAAUUGACUGGAGGAAGGCAUGCCUCAAUAAAUGGAAUGCUUCUGAAAUUAAGAAGAGCCCAUAACAGAAUGACCUAUAUUACAACCAAUAUAAAACCUAGGUGUAGGAUAUUCUUAAAGCAAAUUUGUGGAUGGUAGAUGAAGUACUUUGCGGUGCUCUGUUAUAUAUUGUGCAAUUUAUUUUAUAUAGUAAAGUGAUUAUGUCUAACUGUGAUCAAACUUAACUGUUUAAAGCCUCUGUGUCAGACAUUAACGAACUUGACAGUUCAUAACUGGUAUAUUAUUAACUAACACAUGAGCUCUUAGUUACAAUCUCCUAGUGCUUGCACCAUUUUACAUAGCUUCAGACCUUGUCCAGAAAACCAAAGAGCUCAUCUUAGCUUACAAACACUAGGAAUAUAUACAGUAUAUAGAGAUAAGUUGUCAGUUGACAAACUAGGCACAUUUUAAGAAAGUUGUGUGAUUGUGAUGCUAAAGAAAUGUCUGUACAAAAUAAGAUGGCCUGGGCAGGGUUGGUUGUCUGGGUGAGAAAUUAACUACUUAAUUCCCUGGAUUUAUCCUGUAAAGCUUGAAUAGAAUUAAGACCUGCUAGUACUACCAUGGACAUUUUUUUAGCAUUCACUCUUGGGCUGCAGAUAGUAAUAUAUAAACACACACAAUGAUUAUGAGACUAUGUAAAUCUUUUUUUAAAUCUUCUUCCUAUGUUUUGGAAUUCUGGGGACAAUCUGACUGGAUAUGACACUGCAGAAUAGACUUAAGUCGCUGUGUUUUAUGUGCUGUGAUGUCCUUGUACUGUCUUAAGUUAAUAUCGCUUGAUUUUGUUUUGGUUCUCCAGUGUUUAGUUGCAAUUACCAGCUCUCAACCUCUAGUUUGUUUUCAAAAAGGAAAAAAACAAAAUAGUUUUUUACUGGAUUAAAAAUGCUUAUUAGAAUCCUCCCCCUUUGAGGUUAUCUCUGGGCUUUUUAGUAAUAAUUGCUUUUUUCCAGCCCAGCUGUGGUUUUCUGUUUUUUUUUUUUUUCUAUGUUUGUGGUUUUUUUCAUCUGUACAAGAAAUUUUGUUAUGCACUACUACUUUUUGUAUUCUAGACAGUUUUCAAAAGUUGGCUGAAGAUUUUUUUGUUUGUUUGUUUUUAAGGAAAAAGGCAUGCUUUCUGACUGACAUGAUCUUUUGCAAUACCUCAAUUUUGAAAUAUAGGAAAGAAAAUGAUAUUUUCUAAGUAAGUUUAUUCAGAAA